GAAUUCAUCACAAAUAAAACUCUCAAUGUUGUUAAAGCUGCUGCAGUAAUGCGUCCUAGAGGUAAAGACUCUGCGUUAAACCUUCUUUUGGUACGCUUUUAUCCACAAAAUAAACCACAAAAAUCCAUUUUGGCAUCGUUUGCAAUUGAUGAUGUACUUCUGGUGACCGGUAAAUUUCGGAUUAUUGAAAAUGUAGAUGAAGGUGGAAAAAAAUAUCCUGUAUUAAAGGUUAUAUUGUUUGAAAUCGUUCAUCUUACUAUCGAUCCAAGCAAUUUACCCGUAUUUCCUAUCCUAAUAAAUAUGACGGCUGUUGCAAUUGAACUUCCUCAAGUUGAAUCUGAUAAUAUCAUUUUAACUGUAGAGACAAAAGACUAUGUAGAUCAAGAUUAUGUAACUCAAAAAUUGGAAUGUUACCACUUGAAGUCUGCUCAACACCUUGCUCCGACUACCUCAUCUGUUAAAGUAGGAUCUGUUCUCUUUAUCAGUGGAGAACUAAUAUUAAUGUUAAUUCAUGAUAAUUAUAUUGUUCAUCUCCGUACUAUAAAUUUUGCUGAAUCUCAAAAAUCUGGUGUCAAUUUGAAAACCCCAGCUAAUCUUCCUUGGUUAAAUGAAACUUCGACCAAUAAAUCAAACAAUAAACCUACAUUUCUGAAUCAAGUUUCAACUAAUAAAUUGAACACUGUAACUACGCUCCUCGAUCAAACUCCAACUAAUAAAUCAGACACCGAAACUACAAUCCAAAAUGAACCUCUAACUAAUAAAUCAGAUACUGAAACUACAGUUCAAGAUGAACCUCCAAGUAAAGAAUCAUGUACAGAAACUACAACUCGAACAAUUGCUACAAGAAUAAAAGGCAGUAGGAAAAAAAAAACAACUGCUACAAAACUAUACUUUAGAUCAAAAGAACAUCCAAAAAUCACUGACCUUGCAAAAACCGCUUUAAGCAAUCAAAAUAAUAACAUUCCAGAUUCAUCCACAUCUUAA